AUCACACACACAACAAGCAGAGCUACAUCCGCGUUAAGAACGACCAGCAAUAACCUCAAGCCGGCCCGGAAACGCGUCGCCGGAAGUGGCGCUUGACAUCGAAACCAUGAUGGCGGCGCGCAUGUAAUAAAGAGGGCAGAGCGGGCACAGGAUGAGAGUGAUAGCAGCUAUUUGUCUGGCACAACUUCAUGGCAAAGUCAGGGGGCAACUUGACGCCUCCCGGGUUCUGCAGAUGUGCAAGAGAUACACUAACCGCUGGCCUUUGUUUCAUCCACCCAGACGUAAGUAUGUGACUCAGCAAAUGACCUUACGCCAAAGAGCUAAGCCAAAACCGGAGACACUAGAGAUCGCCGUCCAAGAAGAGACCAUUGUACAAGAAGUGAAAGCCUUAUCCUCAACUCUCCCUUUAUCCACCUCCGAAUCAUACAAAGAUGAAACUGCUCAGGGACCCCCAGCUAAAAACAAGCUACCUCUCUCUGCCAAUGAAGAACGGGGGUGGAAGGAAAUUAAAGUUGACAUAUCUACGUUACCGAGCGUCCUGGCACGGCUCUCAAAAAUCAGGCUUACAGCCCUAGUGGUUAUAACUGCAUCAGCUGGGUAUGCCAUGGCUCCUGUGCCCUUUGACCCAACCUGCUUUCUGCUUGCAUCAAUCGGAACUGGUUUGGCUUCCUGUGCUGCCAACUCCAUAAACCAGUUCUUUGAGGUGCCAUUUGAUUCGAACAUGAACAGGACAAAGAACCGGCCGCUGGUGCGAGGACAGAUAAGCCCACUAAUGGCCGUCUCCUUUGCUGCAGCCUGUGCUAUCCCAGGGAUCUCCUUGUUGACAUUUGCCGUUAACCCCCUGACUGGGGCCCUGGGGGCCUUCAAUAUCUUCCUGUAUACGUGCUGUUACACACCCAUGAAGCGGCUCAGCAUUGCUAAUACAUGGGUGGGUGCUGUGGUGGGUGCCCUUCCUCCAGUUAUGGGCUGGACAGCGGCUACUGGGAGCCUGGAUGCUGGAGCCUUGCUGUUGGGGGGCAUUCUCUAUUCUUGGCAGUUCCCCCACUUUAACGCAUUGAGUUGGAAUCUAAGAGAAGACUAUUCCCGAGGGGGUUAUAGAAUGAUGUCUGUCACCCAUCCACUUAUGUGCCGCCAAGUAGCAUUGCGUCAUUGUCUGGCUCUCAUUGGCCUAUCCACCCUAGCUCCUGCUUUGGAUGUGACCACAUGGACCUUCCCAGUCAUAUCUCUUCCCAUUAACUUGUACAUCUCUUACUUGGGCUACCGUUUCUACAAGGACGCAGACCGGUCCAGCUCCAGGAAGCUGUUCUUCUGUAGCUUGUGGCACCUACCCAUGCUUUUGCUUCUCAUGCUCACCUGCAAAAAGUCUGUGGUUGGCAAAAAAGAGAAGGAUGCCAUCUUGGAACCAAGCUGAACUGUUACUGGUUAACUAUGAAGAACCUGCUGCAGGAGGAUUACGGGUGAUAUCUUCCAACCACUUAUACCACUCUCAACCAAUCAUAAACCUAUGAAGGGUUCCAAGUUUUCUAUUUUGCACUACCAGUUUUAUUUGCCCCAAGCAACAGAUACACCCUAUUUUAAGGAAGAAAGCAUCAGAAAAUGAAACCUCAGCCUGACCAAUGAACUGUAUUCUUUCUCUUGUGUCAGUGUGUUGGUAGGUAUUGGGCAUUACUUCCUUCUUCCACCUUUUUUGGAUCAGUUAUUUAUUUUAAAUAUGAUGUAUAAGUCAUUGAGGCUAAUAUACCAUCCAAAGAUUGUUAUUGUCCUCCAGCGUGCCCAAUGUUAAUAAUAUAAACAGAGGGACAGGGUCACCCACCAGCUGCAUUGGUCAAGGUACUGAUAACAGAAUGUGACAUUAGGGAGACUAGGGGUGGCGGGGAUGCCCCAGAACUCUUGAGAUUACACCCAGUGAGGAUGCAUCCAAAUAUCACCACCUGCUGCCAUUAACAUGCAUUGUUUCGCCUGUCCAGCACUGGGUGAUGGUCAUUAGUGAAUGUUCUCCUAUGUACUAGUAUUUCUCCCAGCUCACACUUUCUUGUCUUGCUGCAAAUAAGGAAGUAAAUAAAAGUGAUUUGCCUCAUGAAUGAACACGCUCCAUUUUUGUUAAUUGCCCAAAAGUCCUUGUUCUCUUGCUGACCCUGGGAAGCCCUCCAGAAUCAGAAUACUGUAAUAUCCAUAUACUGUCCGCUCUGUCACUGCUGCGUCUUCCAAUAAAAACUGAAAGCUGA